GGAGGACACGAACCCAGCCCUGACCCCCUGCGCCUGGGUCGUCUUCCCCAGCUCGACACGAACCCAGCCCAAGCCAAGCCAACCACCACUCCAGCACCUCCUCCUCGUCCUUAGCACUCGGAAUCAAACCACUGCACCCCCCCCCCCCCCCUUGCUUCCUUAACCUUCGCAGCCAGCAAGCCAGAUCGCGGACGAGCUCCUCAUCUCCCGUAUCGCCCCAGUCCGGGAAGAAGCCGCCGCCGGGGAGCACGGUUCCCGCCGCCGGACCGGGUUCGGCCUUCCCGGGUCUCCUUGGCUCCUCGGGCGAGAUGAGCAGCCACGCGGCCGGCACCAGCAACGGUGGAUCCGUGGAUGCUGGCGGCGUGGGCGCGGACAGGAGGAACACCAGGAUGCCCAAAUAUUCCAAGUUCACACAGCAGGAGCUGCCGGCUUGUAAGCCGAUUCUUACUCCGAAAUGGGUUGUCUCGGUGUUUUUUAUCAUUGGGGUCAUCUUUGUUCCCAUUGGUGCUGUUUCGCUGCUAGCUGCACGAGAUGUUGUUGAGAUUAUCGAUCGGUACGAUGAGGCGUGUGUGCCAGGCAACAUGACUGAUAACAAGCUUGCUUACAUCCAGAAUUCGAGCAUACCUAAAGACUGCACAAGGACUCUUACAGUUACGAAGGAUAUGAAUCAGCCAAUUUUUGUAUACUACCAACUCGAUAACUUCUACCAGAACCAUAGGAGGUAUGUAAAGAGCCGAAACGAUGCGCAGUUAAGAGAUGCUAGUAAAGCUAACCAGACAUCCGCUUGUGAACCGGAGAAGACCACGGCUGAUGGAAAACCGAUUGUUCCUUGUGGUCUCAUUGCUUGGAGCUUGUUUAAUGAUACAUAUAGUUUCACACGUGGUAGUGAGAACUUGACAGUGGACAAGAAGGACAUCUCCUGGAAGAGUGAUAGGGAACACAAAUUUGGCAAAGAUGUCUAUCCGAGCAACUUCCAGAAUGGUGCACUUAUAGGUGGAGCAAAGCUUGACCCAAAGAUCCCGUUGAGCGAGCAAGAGGACCUCAUCGUUUGGAUGCGGACUGCAGCACUUCCUACAUUCAGAAAGUUGUAUGGGAGGAUAUACGUUGAUCUCAAGGAGAAUGACACAAUAAUAGUGAGGUUGAGUAACAACUACAAUACUUAUAGCUUCGGUGGCAAGAAAAAGCUGGUCCUCUCCACUGCAACCUGGCUUGGAGGGAAGAAUGAUUUUCUUGGCUUUGCGUACCUUAUAGUUGGUGGACUCUGCAUUUUCCUGGCAUUCACAUUCACCUUGCUAUACUUCAUAAAACCAAGGAAAUUGGGAGACCACAACUACUUGUCCUGGAACAGACACCCUGCAGGCCGCUAAGACGCUUUGGAACCCAUAACACGUAAAUGGCCCGACGACUUGAAAAGUAACAUGUAUGAAACAAGAUACCUGAAAUUGCCGGUGGGCGUAAGGUCUAUGGUUCAGGCUGGAACUUCAUGUACAUUUGUUUUUGUUGCAAAGGGAUCUACGCGACUACGUCAUUUUGUUUCUUUGGUUCUUGUAUUAUUUAGAGCUGCAUAUAGCAGUGAUGAUGAGAAUAUCUAUUGAUCCCUGAUUGCUUGUUUCGUGGUA